GGUGGAUGGGGCACCCAGCCGCCGCAGCCGCGAGCUCGCAGGGUGCACUGACCCCGUUGGGGGCUGGGGUGCCCACCCCGCAAGCUAUCACUGAGCGACUUCCGGUCUGUGAGCCCUGUCCUCCGCACUCCACCUUUCCGCCGCCUAGAGCCUCCGCGCCCUCCUGGGCCCAUCGGAACUUGGCACAGGCUCACCCCACUUUGUGUAGGAUCUCCGGAUCCUUCCAUGGGGUCCUCCUUCCAGAUACUCAGGAACCCCACUUCCUGCCAGGGUGGAGAGGAUGGGGUCCUUGAAGGCCAGCUAAGGGCCCUGACUUCGAGUCAGAGGUCAGGGGUCAGCAGCAGAAGAGUGGAUUCGUGCUGAGUCAUUGGCCAUGGGUGGGUUCCGUGCCCUCCCUCCCUUGGGCAGGUGUUUGGUAGGCAAAUGUGUGGGCAUGCAGGCCACUGGGGUGCUCCAUCUCAGGCUUGGGAGUGUCUGCGGCCCUGUCCAUAGCCCGGCAGACACGUACCCAUGAAAGGACACGAUGUGAGGAAUGAAGCCAUUGGAGGUCUGGGCAUCACCCUGUGAUGAUGAGGGGUGUCUGCUGGGAGGGCUCCUGGCAACGGGGGAUUCCACAGUCCAGAUGAUCCCUGCCCCCAUUACACACAGCCUGGAGCCUGGAUGCUGUGUGUAUAUCCCUCCCCUGUGAAAUCCGAAGGGACAGUGGGGGUCCUUUCUAGAGUGUCCCCCAGCGUCAGGAAGUGCCCUCAAACAAGGUUAGCAGGGUUGUUCCCCCUGCCCUGUAUGGUCAGACACCGCCCCUACAGCCAGGCUGGCAGUGGUGAGUGGGCGCCCCGGCCCAGCCAGACAGGCCUACACCUCACCCCCAUGUGGUUGGCCUCGAUCUGCCCCUGGCACAACCAGAACAGUGUUCCCUAACGAGCCCCAUAUGUCAACCAUGAGGACAAUGCCCCAACAAAGAAAUGUUGGGACAGCUUCUCCCAGGCCAGUUGGCAUCUGGAGCUGUUGAGUGGCACCAGGUAUUUCCCAUGUCCCAACUCCAUGUCACCCCCGGGGGUACCAGGCAGGACGGCGGCCUCCUGACCCCAACAUUCUCAGCCUAGUGGCUCCGGUUAGCACCCGUGCAGUCCAGCUGGCCAGCGCCCAUCCUGUCAGCGCCCCAGGGCACACUCCUCUGUCUGGGCUGAACCACCUUCCCAGCCAGGGCCAACAUUCGGGAACCUGUGUGCUAGGUGGGGAUAGGUGUCCUGCCUCCCUCCCCAACCCGAGGAGCAGUGGGAUGGGCUGAGCGGUCCCUAGGGCUCUCCUUCCAGGGAGAGGUACCCAGGUAGCUCGGUGACCCCAUGUGCGUGGGCCCUGGGUGCGCCCCAUCUGACCUUUCUGGAGAGGCCAGGCACCCUGCAGGGACCCUUUGGAGAACAGAGUGGGCUGUGGGGCAGCCAAGUAUGGAUGAUGGUGGGGAGCCCAGGACCUGGAAAGGUCCCUGCUGCCCUGGACGGGGGGCUGGUGGCAACAGGACUCUGAGCAAGUGGAGAGCCAGAUCUGGGCGAUGUGGAGUGCAGGCCCUGCAGGGCCCUGUGGGCACCAAGGGGUUGUGGUCCAGGGAGGUUUUAUCUGAGAAGGACAGUGACAAGAAAGGUCAAGGGAAGGAGGGGGGCUGGUAGACAGAGACAGAGUCUAGGGGUCAGUGUUGCAAGGCUGGGCAGUCAUAGAAUGGGCUGUGGGAACCCAAUUGUGAAACCCUGGGGAUGGGGAGGAGGUGUCGCCCGGGGCUAUGCGUAGGGCUUAGGGUUGCCAUUGCAGGAGGAGGGUGGUCACAGCCCUGUUUGCUGCGCUCACCUUGGCUAGGCACGGUGUCUUGUGGACCCUCAGCUGUGUUGUGCAGUAGAGACCCCUGGCCCCAACAUGGCCCGUCGCUCCCAGAGCUCCUCGCAGGGGGACAACCCGCUGGCACCCGGGUACCUGCCGCCUCACUACAAAGAGUACUACCGCCUGGCGGUGGAUGCACUGGCCGAGGGUGGCUCGGAGGCCUACAGCCACUUCCUGGCGACUGAGGGGGCACCAGACUUCCUGUGCCCUGAAGAGCUGGAACAUGUGAGCCGACACCUUCGGCCUCCACAGUAUGUUACCCGAGAGCCACCCGAAGGCAGCCUUCUCGACGUGGACAUGGAUGGCUCCUCAGGUACAUACUGGCCAGUGAACUCAGACCAGGCUGUGCCUGAGCUUGACCUGGGCUGGCCUCUGACCUUCGGCUUCCAGGGCACCGAGGUGACCACCUUGGUGCAGCCACCGCCCCCCGACAGCCCCAGCAUCAAGGAUGAGGCCCGCAGGAUGAUCCGUUCCGCCCAGCAGGUGGUGGCCGUGGUGAUGGACAUGUUCACUGAUGUGGACCUGCUCAGCGAAGUGCUGGAGGCCGCUGCCCGUCGGGUCCCAGUCUACAUCCUGCUGGAUGAGAUGAACGCGCAGCACUUCCUGGACAUGGCCGACAAGUGCCGUGUCAACCUGCACCACGUGGAUUUCCUGCGGGUACGGACUGUAGCGGGCCCCACCUACUACUGCCGCACUGGGAAGUCCUUCAAGGGCCACGUCAAGGAGAAGUUCCUGCUGGUGGACUGUGCCGUGGUGAUGAGUGGGAGCUACAGCUUCAUGUGGUCCUUUGAGAAGAUCCACCGCAGCCUGGCACACGUGUUCCAAGGAGAGCUGGUCUCCAGCUUCGAUGAGGAGUUCCGCAUCCUCUUCGCGCAGUCCGAGCCGCUUGUGCCCUCGGCCGCGGCCCUGGCCCGCAUGGAUGCCUAUGCCCUGACUCCGUAUGCCGGGGCCGGGCCCCUUGUGGGCGUCCCUGGGGUCGGGGCGCCAACCCCUUUCUCCUUCCCGAAACGAGCGCACCUCCUGUUCCCGCCACCCCGGGAAGAGGGCCUGGGCUUCCCCUCCUUCCUCGACCCGGACCGCCACUUCCUGUCGGCCUUCCGCCGGGAGGAGCCUCCGCGGAUGCCGGGGGGCGCGCUGGAGCCGCACGCGGGCCUGCGGCCGCUCUCGCGGCGCCUGGAGGCCGAGGCCGGGCCGGCUGGGGAGCUCGCGGGCGCGCGGGGCUUCUUCCAGGCGCGGCACCUGGAGAUGGACGCCUUCAAGCGGCACAGCUUCGCGACGGAGGGCGCAGGCGCCGUGGAGAACUUCGCGGCCGCGCGGCAGGUGUCGCGGCAGACGUUCCUCAGCCACGGCGACGACUUCCGCUUCCAGACCAGCCACUUCCACCGCGACCAGCUCUACCAGCAGCAGUACCAGUGGGACCCGCAGCUCGCCCCGGCGCGCCCGCAGGGCCUGUUCGAGAAGCUUCGCGGGGGCCGCGCGGGUUUCGCGGACCCGGAUGACUUCACCUUGGGCGCCGGGCCCCGCUUCCCGGAGCUCGGACCCGACGGGCACCAGCGGCUGGACUACGUGCCGUCCAGCGCGUCCCGCGAGGUGCGCCACGGCUCGGACCCCGCCUUCGGGCCCGGACCCCGCGGCCUGGAGCCCAGCGGGGCCCUGCGCCCCAACCUGACCCAGCGCUCCCCAUGCCAGGCCGCGGCAAGGCCCGGCCCAGACUCCACUCCCGAGGCGGAGCCGGAGCGCAGGGGCGGGCCCGAGGGGCGGGCCGGGCUGCGGCGCUGGCGCCUGGCCUCCUACUUGAGCGGAUGCCAUGGCGAGGAUGGGGGCGACGACGGCCUGCCGGCGCCCAUGGAAGCGGAGGCUUACGAAGACGACGUGUUGCCUCCCGGGGGCCGGGCAGCUGCCGGCGACCUGCUCCCCUCGGCCUUCCGCGUCCCUGCAGCCUUCCCCACGAAGGUCCCGGUGCCAGGCUCGGGCAGCGGCGGCGGCAACGGCCCAGAGCGCGAGGGCCCGGAGGAGCCCGGCCUGGCCAAGCAGGACUCAUUCCGCUCGCGCCUGAACCCCCUGGUCCAGCGCAGCUCCAGGCUGCGCUCCUCGCUCAUCUUCAGCACGUCACAGGCUGAGGGUACGGCCGGGACUGCGGCGGCCACAGAGAAGGUGCAGCUGCUGCACAAGGAGCAGACGGUCAGCGAGACGCUGGGGCCCGGCGGUGAGGCCGUGCGCUCCGCGGCUUCCACCAAGGUGGCGGAGCUGCUGGAGAAGUACAAAGGCCCAGCCCGUGAUUCCGGCGGUGGCGUGGGCGCCAUCACCGUUGCCAACCACAGCAAGACCGUCGUGUCCCAGGCAUGGCGGGAAGAGGUGACGGCCCCAGGUGGCGUGGGUGGCGAGCGCCGCAGCCUCGAGAGCUGCCUCCUGGACCUGCGCGACUCCUUUGCGCAGCAACUGCACCAGGAGGCGGAGCGGCAGCCGGGAGCCGCCUCGCUCACCGCGGCGCAGCUGCUCGACACGCUGGGCCGGAGCGGCUCCGACCGCCUGCCCUCCCGCUUCCUCUCUGCCCAGGGCCGCGCAACCUCCCCGGAAGGGCUGGACAGCCCUCUGCCCUUGGAAGGGCCCGGGGCGCACCAGGUGCUCCAUAAUGAGCCAAAAGGGAGCCCCACCUCAGCUUACCCUGAGCGGAAGGGGAGCCCCACGCCCGGGUUUUCCACUCGAAGAGGAAGUCCAACUACAGGAUUUAUUGAGCAGAAAGGGAGCCCCACCUCAGCCUACCCCGAGCGCAGGAGCAGUCCGGUGCCACCCGUCCCGGAGCGCAGGGGCAGUCCGGUGCCCCCCGUGCCAGAGCGCAGGGGGAGUCCGGUGCCUCCCGUGCCGGAGCGCAGGGGCAGCCUCACUCUUACCUUCUCCGGGGAGUCCCCGAAGGCCGGGCCCGUGGAGGAGGGGCCGAGCGGCCCCAUGGAAGUCCUGCGCAAAGGCUCCCUGCGCCUUAGGCAGCUGCUGAGCCCCAAGGGCGAGCGGCGCAUGGAGGAUGAGGGUGGCUUCCCAGUGCCGCAGGAGAACGGGCAACCUGAGAGCCCGCGGCGGCUGUCACUGGGCCGGGGUGACAGCACAGAGGCUGCCACAGGAGAUGAGCGGGGCCCGCGGGCGCGCCUGACUUCAGCCACGGCCAAUGCCUUGUACAGCAGCAACCUUCGGGAUGACACGAAGGCCAUUCUGGAGCAGAUCAGCGCCCACGGCCAGAAGCACCGUGCAGUCCCUGCCUCGGGCCCUGGCCCGGCCCACAGCAGCCCCGAGCUAGGCCGUCCACCGGCUGCUGGCGGCCUGGCCCCGGAUAUGUCCGACAAGGACAAGUGUUCAGCCAUUUUCCGCUCGGACAGCCUGGGGACCCAGGGCCGGCUGAGCCGCACGCUGCCAGCCAGCGCGGAGGAGCGUGAUCGGCUGCUGCGCCGCAUGGAGAGCAUGCGCAAGGAGAAGCGCGUGUACAGCCGCUUUGAGGUCUUUUGCAAGAAAGAGGAGGCCAGCGGCCCUGGGGCAGGGGAAGGCCCCGCGGAGGAGGGCACCAGGGACAGCAAGGUGGGCAAGUUCGUGCCCAAGAUCCUGGGCACGUUCAAAGGCAAGAAGUGAGUCUCCUGACAUCGCUGCCACGGUCACCCAGAGCCCCCACGGAACAGAGAGCCCUGCGCAUGUGUUUGAGCAGAGGCUGUCAGGCCACGGCCACUUGGGACUUGGCUGAGUGCGCCAGACCUCAGCUCCACUGGAGGCUCACCUGGCAGCUGCUGUCUCUGCCCCUGGCCUCCACAACGCUGGGGCUCCAGCCCCUUGCCACCAGUGCCUUUCUCCCCUCAGCACCUUCUCUCUUCAGCACCUUCUCUGCACCGUCAGCCUUGCGUGGCGCAGCAUCUGGCUCCGCCAUCUCUUUGUGCCUCAGUCCCGCCCCACCUGUUUUGUUUUGUUUUUGUUUUUGUUUUUUUUUUUGAGACCCAGGGCUGGAAUGCAGUUGAGUGGUCUCGGCUCACUGCAACCUCUGCCUCCUGGGUUCCUGCGAUUCUCCUGCCUCAGCCUCCUGAGUAGCUGGGAUUACAGGUGCCUGCCACCACGCCCAGGUAAUUUUUGUAUUUUUAGUAGAGAC